AUGAACGUAAAAGAACACACGAGAACGCGGUGCUCAUGGCGAGUCUUCUUGGCGCUGGCACUCGUCACCGUCGUUGUGGUCGAGGAGUGCACCGGGGUAGCCGUGGAAACAACCCACCUCCACCACCACCGUAACCGCCACCACCACCACCGCCGCCACCACCACCACCACCACCAGCAGCAACAGGGCAAGAUUCCCAUCCCCGUCAGCAGCAGCAACCUGGAGUACGAGGCGGCGGAGGACAGCGGCAGCACGCGGGAUAAACGGCAGGGCUGGACGAGCGAGUGGGAGAGCGGGCCGUGGGGGGAGUGGUCAGUGCCCUCCCCUUGCUCCAGGACCUGUGGCGGCGGGGUCAACUACAGGACCAGAACGUGUCAGGGCGCCAGCAGCGAGCAAUGCGUCGGCAAGACCAAGAAGUACGAGUCCUGCAACAAUGAGCCGUGUCCCGAGGGCUCGAUAGACUUCCGCACGGAGCAGUGUCAACGCUACAACGACGUUCCCUUCGAGGGCAAAUACUACAGUUGGGAGUCAUUCGUGGGGGACCCUGAUAAGUGUGCCCUCCACUGCCAGCCCAAGCAGUCCAGCUGGGUGCCGCACUACAAGGCCCCGAAGAAGUGUGAGUUGAACUGCCAGCCUGAGGGGGAGAGGUUCUACUUCCGCCACGCCCUCAAGGUGGUGGACGGCACACCCUGCGACAAUGAAGGCUUUGACGUGUGUGUGGAUGGCCAGUGCAUGCCUGUCGGGUGUGACCUCAUCCUGGGGUCAUCGGCGCGGGAGGACAAGUGUCGCGUGUGUGGCGGCGACAGCUCCACCUGCAACACCAUCAAGGGAGACUUCAUGCAGGAGACGCUCACGGUGGGCUACAACGACAUCGUGCUCAUCCCCGCCGGCGCCACAAGCAUCUACGUGGAGGAGCUGGAGGCCACCAACAACUACCUCGCCGUCAGAAACACCACCGGACACUUCUACCUCAACGGCAACUGGAGAAUUGACUUCCCACGAGCGAGGAGGUUCGCCGGCACGACCUUCCACUAUGAGAGGAAGAACAAUGGCGGCGUUGGAAUCUUUGCCCCUGAAAUCCUCCGUGCUCAAGGCCCCACCACUGAGCCUCUCUUCAUCGUGCUUCUGUACCAAGAGGGCAACCGGGGCGUCUCCUACGAGUACAGCGUCCCGAAGGGGGUGACGCAGUCCGAGGCAGAGACCUAUGACUGGAUCUUCGGCACCUUCGGGGAGUGCUCGGAGGAGUGCGGUGGCGGUCACCAGGUUCGGAAUGUGACCUGCGCCCGCACCAGUGACUUUGAGCCCGUGUCCGAGUACCUGUGUGACCCUCGAACCCGGCCCGAGACCAACAGGACCUGCAAUGACCAACCAUGCGAUGCCAGCUGGGAGGUCGGGGACUGGACGCCUUGCACCACCUCCUGCGGCACCCAGGGCUGGCAGUUCCGUCACGUGUAUUGCGGCCAGAAGUUCACCGAGGGCCGGCUGUCUGUGGUCAACGACUCCGUCUGCACCGAGCCCCUGGGCGCUGCUCCCCCGAGUGUGAGGGAGUGCAACCAGGGGGCCAUGUGUGCGUCCUGGCAUGUGGGAGACUGGACCCCUUGCAACAAGCUGUGUGGUGUCGGACGUCAGCACCGGAAGGUCAUGUGUCACGUGAUGAGGGAGGAUGAAGUGGAGGUUCUCGAGGACAGCCAGUGUUCCGAGGAGAAGCCAGAGAAUGAGAAGCCAUGUGAGCAGAUCCCAUGUGGCGGUGUGGACUGGAUCACCUCAGACUGGAGUGGGUGCGGUGUGACGUGCGACCAAGCCCAGGAGUCCCGGUCAGCCCUGUGUGUGAGCCAGAAGGGCGUGGUGGUCAAGGAGGAGUACUGCUCGGCUGCUCGCAGACCCGAACUCUCCCGCAACUGCACAGAUAUCGAGCCGUGUGAAUACAAGUGGUACGCCUCGGAGUGGAGCGAGUGCUCUGCUGAGUGUGGCCUUGGAGUGGUGUCCCGAGAGGUCUUCUGUGGCAAGCGAAACAAGAACAAGGUCAUGGUGGUGGAUGAGAGCAACUGCGACGCCGACAAGCGAUUCAAUGACACCAAGGAAUGCAACUCAACCGGCUCCUGUGAAGCCAAGUGGUACGCCGGGCCAUGGAGCCGGUGUGACAAGCAGUGUGGCGGUGGGACCAAGAACCGCAAGAUCUUCUGCUACCUCGGGGACAAGAUGGCGAAGCUGCAGUGUGACGUGAACAGCAUCCUCUACUCCAUCGACACCUGCAACAACAACCCAUGUGGCGAUGAUGAGGUGAUUGGUGGUGACCUGGAGAGUGAGGACGAAAUAUGCGAGGAAGAGGAGGACGGGGAGGAGAAGGAUAAAGAUGAGAAAGAAAAGGAAGAGGAGAUUGAAGACUCUAGCGAAGCUGAGAGUAACUCAUCGGUGGCGAUGAGUGAUGAGGCUUCCGGUGAGGGCUCGGGCUUUGGUGAGUCAGGCUUUGGCAUUGGCUCCGGACUGGGUGGCUGGCUGGGCUCAGGGCUGGGCUCGGGUCUGGGGUCUGGUUUAGGCUUUGGUCCUGCUGAGGCGACGACUUCAGAGGCCAAGAAAGCUGCUGCCUCGAAGAAGAAAGACAAAGAUUCCAAGAAGAAGAAGAAGAAGUGCAAGCCAGCCAAACCCAAGAGCUGUGAGGAGACGGAGUUCGGGUGUUGCCAGGAUAAUGAGACGCCUGCCGAGGGACCCUUCCAGAAAGGUUGUGACACGGUGGAGACCUGCAAAGACAGUAAGUACGGCUGCUGUCCUGACGGGGUGACGCCUGCCGAGGGCCCCAAGAGGAAGGGCUGCCCGGGACUGUCCGUGUGCGACAACUCUCUCUUCGGCUGCUGCAAGGAUGGCGUCACAGAGGCUAGCGGACCCAACGAGGAGGGAUGUGAGGAGCUGAUGGCCUUCGACUGUGAAAACACCGAGUUCGGCUGCUGCCCCGACGGCGUGUCUAAAUCCUUCGGGAAGAACUUUGAGGGCUGCAGCGACUUUGAGUGUGAGGGCUCGGGGCCGUGCGACACCUGCAGUGACACCACGUACGGCUGCUGUCCGGAUGGCGUGUCAGCUGCCCAAGGGAAGGACUACGAGGGCUGCCCAGACCCUGACAUGACAACGGAGGAGACAGAUGUCGAGUCCUCCACCAUGGCCGUCCUAACCUCCACCUCCACCACCACCACCACCGAGCUGCCACCUGACUGCCUGACGUCAUCGUACGGCUGCUGCCCCGACGAGUACACGGCAGCUCACGGCCCCAACGACGAGGGAUGCUGCCUGUCCUCACCGUUCGGCUGCUGCCCCGACCACAUCACAGAGGCUCAGGGUCCCAAUCUGCAAGGCUGUGGGUGUGAGUACAGUGCCUUUGGCUGCUGCCCGGACAACACAACAGUGGCCCGGGGCCCCAACAAUGCCGGCUGUGGCUGUGAGUUCACACAGUUUGGCUGCUGCCCGGACUACCACACACCAGCUGCCGGGGAGGACUACAGCGGCUGCCCCUGCAACACCUACCGCUACGGAUGCUGCCCGGAUGGUGUCAGCAUUGCCAAGGGCCCGGGCACGGAGGGCUGUGGGUGUCAGUAUGAGCAGUACGGCUGCUGCGAGGACGGCCGCACGCCUGCCCAGGGUCCGGAUCAGGAAGGCUGUGGCUGUGAGUCCUCACAGUUUGGAUGUUGUCCGAAUGGCGUCACACCUGCCACCGGAAAGUUCUUCGAAGGAUGUAAGGAGGAGGAGGAGGAGUUGUCCGUCGUCCCGGGAGAGGUGUGUGGCCACGAGAAGGACCGCGGCCCCUGCACCAACUUCACGGUGCGCUGGUUCUUCGACAUGGAGUAUGGCGGCUGCACGCGCUUCUGGUACGGCGGCUGUGAAGGCAACCUCAACAAAUUUGAGACGCAGGAUGAGUGUAAGGCCGCCUGUGUGGACCCAGAGGGAAUGGAGUCCUGCUACCUGCCGAAUGUCGUGGGUCCCUGCACCGGCUCCGUCCCGUCCUGGUAUCACGACGCAGAGACCGGCCAGUGUAAGUCCUUCAUCUACGGGGGCUGUCUCGGCAACAACAACCGCUAUGAAUCGAAGGAGGAGUGUGAGGAGCGCUGCGUCAUCCCGGAGAAAACAGAUGCUUGCCUGCUGGAGGUGACGCCCGGCCCCUGUCGCGGGAACUACUCGCGCUGGUUCUAUGACCAGACCGUGGGGAGCUGCAAACAGUUUUCUUAUGGUGGUUGCAAGGGAAAUGACAACAACUUCCUCACGGAGAAUGAGUGCAUGCAGAGGUGCAUCAGAGGCCGUUCCAAAGACCUGUGCACGCUGCCCAAAGCUUCCGGCCUGUGCGAAGAGACGCUCCCUCGCUGGUACUAUGAUUACACAGAGGCCAGGUGCAUGCCCUUCUAUUACACAGGUUGUGACGGCAAUGCUAACAGGUACACGACGAGAGGGGAGUGUGAGGCAACCUGUCCGGGAGAUGAAGCAGAGCAAGACGAGGAUGUGUGUUACAUGCCCAGCAGCCCCGGCGACUGUGACGAGUAUGAACAGCGCUGGUUCUUCGACUCUGUGGAGGCCCAGUGCAAGUCCUUCGUGUAUGGCGGCUGCGGCGGCAACCAGAACAACUUCGGCAGCAUUGAGGAGUGCGAGAACUACUGCGGCAACAGGAAGAAGAUUCCCACCGAGGAGGAGUUCCUUAUAGAGUCUUGCUUCCUGCAACAAAACCAAGGCAACUGCGACGACUACCAGGCCUACUGGCACUACGACAGCGAGGACGGCGUGUGCAAGCAGUUCCUGUACAGCGGCUGCGGGGGGAACAAGAACCGCUUCAAGACCCGUCAGGAGUGUGAGAACAAGUGUGGGGAGGCCCAGGACAUCUGCCAGCUCCCUCUGGUGGUGGGUCCGUGCAGUGGCAGCUUCCGGCAGUACUAUUACGACGGCACCACCAGCCAGUGCUACGAGUUUGACUAUGGAGGCUGCCAGGGGAACAAAAACAGGUUUGACUCAUUGCGUCUGUGUCAGCAGCGAUGCCAGAAGACCCAGGCCACAACGCCAAGCUACACCGUCCCCGAUGAAGGAACCUACGUAGAAAGACCUACCAGUGAGUUGUCUGAAAUCUGCAAGCUGCCCGUCGAUAUUGGUCCGUGCCAGUCGGCUGUCCCUAGCUGGUACUACGAUGCUCAGGCGGGCCGCUGCGUUGGCUUCUCCUACAGUGGAUGUGCCGGCAACGCUAACCGGUUCCAGAGUGUUGAGCUUUGCGAACGUCAGUGUGGCAGCUAUCGGGACCAAGAUUUCUGCAACCUGCCAGUAGAUUCCGGCCCUUGUGGUGAGGCUCUCCGCAAGUGGCACUAUGACCCGUACCAGCGCGUCUGCAGGUCCUUCGCUUACAGUGGCUGCGAGGGCAAUGGCAACCGCUUCUCCACGGAGCAGGAGUGUGAGGCCGAGUGUGUCUACCACGACGCCAUCCUGCCCAGCGGCAACAACACCCAGGAGGCCCAGACCAUGAUCUGUGAGCUCAAUUCCGACGGAGGCCCCUGCAGCGAGGGUUACAAGCGCUGGCAGUUCAGCAAAGAGCAUGGAACUUGUGUCAUGUUUCUGUACGGCGGCUGCGGCGGAAACCUAAAUCGCUUUAAGACCUUUAAUGCAUGCACCGAGUUCUGUGCCUCAGCCAUCGAAAAGUACCGAAGAACUGAGACGAGCACAAUCCCGGACGUGGGACCCACUGUGCAUGGCCCCUCAGACUACACGCAGCCUGAUGAGGCCGACAUGUGCAAGGACUCCGAGAUCUCCUGCCAGCUGCUGCGGUGUCCUUAUGGCGUCCAGAGAAGGGUGGACAAUGACGGCUGUGAACGCUGCUCCUGCUAUGACCCCUGCAGCGAGAUCCAAUGCCCCGCCGAGAUGGAGUGCGCCACAGACCUCGUUCCUGCAACAGAUGGCGUCUCCGAAAACAGCUAUCACGGCGUUUGUAGAGAAGUCAACAAGCCCGGCCGAUGCCCUGUCAACAAUGGCCAGAGUUACCAGUGCGCCGAGGAGUGCCAGAACGAUGCUGGAUGUGACGCGGAGCUGAAGUGUUGCUACAAUGGGUGCAGCUACUCCUGCGUCAAGCCCGUCAGGGAGGAGGAGGAGCCCGGCCAUGUGGUGCAGCCUGUGGCCACCCCGACCGUCCCAGAGUACGGAGAGCCCCCGCGCAUCACUGAGUUUGAUGAUGAGGUCUCAGUGGAGGAGAAUGACGUCGUGGCGAUAACCUGCAAGGCCCAGGGCUCCCCCGCGCCUUCCAUCACUUGGUACCGCGGCUCAUACACGAUCAACACUGAGAGUCUGUCCAGCCGGUUCAGAAUCCUUCCUGGGGGUUCGCUGCAGGUGGUGAAUGUUGAGCGUACCGACACUGGCACGUACACCUGUGAGGCCAACAACAGCGUGGGCUCACCCGCCCGCCGCACCGCCCAGCUCACAGUGAUUGAUCCCAAGCCUCGGGAAGCUGCUGUUGUUCCCUGGAAUGCCAAGACCCCAGUGGCUUCCCUCGGGGGCAACAUGGUGCUGUACUGCCGUGCCGUGGGCUGGCCGCGCCCCUCCAUCACGUGGUGGCGCGGCACGGACAUGCUGCCACUCUCCUCACAACGCUUCGAGCAGCUGAGGGAUGGCUCCCUGACACUCCGCCUGGUCACCCUGAGGAGCCUUGGGCCGUACACAUGCCAGGUGUACAACGGACAGGGAAGAGCCACGUCUCAGACCAUUGUGCUGCGUGCCCUCGGCCCCGUCCGUGACACCCUCGCUGGUGAUAGGAACUUCCUUCAAUACAUACUCGACCCUCCCAAGGCUCCCUCCACUCCUUCCCCCUUUUCCUCCCUCACCACCCUCUUCCCUGCCGUUCGGCCUGGCCAGCGGCCGUACUGGCCCGCUUACCACUCACCGUCUGGCCAAAGGACUACCUUGGCACCCACCACCCGGCAGUACAUAGUUCCCUUGCGUGCAGUGAUCCGCCUGAACAGCACCGAGUUCCCGCCACACUCCACCAUCCACAUCCCCUGUGAGGUGCGUGGCGUCCCGGUCCCGGUGACGACCUGGUUCAAGGGAGACAACCAGAUCACGGACUCGAGGAAGUACGCCAUAGAAGAAGACAGCACGCUAGUCAUCACCGACGCAGAGGUGGGAGACUCCGGCCUGUACAAGUGUCACGUGCAGAAUGAAUACGGCACAGCGGACAGCUCCACCGUCAUCACCAUCAAAGGAAUCUAUGUCCACCCAACCUGCACGGACAAUCCCUUCUUUGCCAACUGCAAGCUCAUCGUGCGCGCCAACUACUGCACCAACAAGUACUACGCCCGGUUCUGCUGCCGCUCCUGCACGCUGGAUGGACAGCUGCCGUCACAAGGCCCUCACCUCACCCACAAGAAGAAGAGGAAAUAAAAGGGAAAGAGG